AUGUAUCUUGAGCAUGCCUUCUCAACUUGGUGGGAAGACGACUCCCACACCGACAUGGGAAGAAGCGGCCCCGGCUCCCUUCACCAAACUACCAAGGAUAGCCAUGAAACUCCGCUCUGGAAAAAGCUCGCUGGCGAUACUGUUGCUGCCGUCGUCUCCGCAGCAUUGCUUACGCCAGCCAUCACCAUCAUUGACCGCGCUGUCAUCGAGAAACUAUCAGGCCAGAAAUCAUUGACCGGUGCAUUGAAGGAUAAUAUUGCCUGCGCCGCCCUCCAUCCGAGGAGGUUUAUGCUCGGUCGGUCUUUCACCCUGGUCUGCGGCUUGUACUCCGCCACCUUUGGCGUUGCCAACAUGUCAGAAACCCUCGGACAUGAGGUCAGCCAAAUUUCAAUGGGAACACUUACGUUCCUGUCCGUAACGGCAGUUAACGUACCCCUGGGUAUCUGGAAAGACCUGAAGUUCGCCAACAUGUAUGGGAGUGACAACACAAACAGCAAGACCGUCACCAUGCCAUCUCGGUCUUACAAAGCGGCGGUGUCGGCGUUUUUGGUGAGGGAUUCAGCUACAAUAUUUGGGUCCUUCUGCCUAGCCCCUUGGUUAGCUGAUGCCGUCCCAGACUUCAUCACAGCAAGCCAGCACAUGAAGGGGACAAUUUCUCAGAUGACGGUGCCAAUGUUGGCGCAGAGUAUCGCGACCCCGGCACAUCUUGUUGGCCUGGACUACUACAGUGGCCGGAUGAGCUCGUGGAGGGAGAAGGCGUCCAGGGUCACGGCGGAGUUUCCAUCGGCGGGACUUAUCCGGUGUGUUCGAGUUGUGCCGACAUUUGGACUAGGGUGUGUACUCAACAAAGAGAUUCGUGCCGCGCUUUGA